UGUUCAAAUGUUUGAAUUUAUAAUAACAAUUUUAGCUGGAUUAUUAUCCUUUAUUUUUUAUCUAUUAUAUAAAACAGUAAAAAUUAAAGAACUAAUUAAGCACGAAAAUGUCUCAAAAUUACCUUUAUUAGAUUUAGAGUGGGAUAAGGUAUUCCAAAGAUUUUCAAAAGCUAUUACAUUCAAAACUGUAUCUAAAGAUAUUGGAGAUGUGAAUGAAUCAGAAAUUAAAGCUCUUAUUAAAUACCUUGAACAAGCUUUUCCAAGGGUGCAUUCAUGCCCCUGCAUUAAGAGGCGCGUGGUAAACGAACUCAGUUUACUAUACGUUUGCGAUUUUAAGCGUCUCAAAACUCGAAACCUCAUAACUGACCCUUCAAAAGAUGUCGGAGAUUCGAAAAAAAUUAAAGAAAAACCCUGGGGCAUCAUAGCCCAUUUGGACGUGGUACCGGUCAUACCCGAAGAUCUGGAUUAUUGGAAAUUCGAACCCUUUUCUGGCGAGAUUGACCCUCCUAACCCUAAUGACGAUCAAGCUGACAUACACACACAAUGGGAAAAUAGAUACAUUUAUGGUCGUGGCACAUUGGAUUGCAAACACGUGGUUCUCGGCGUUUUGCAAGCCUUAGAACAUUUCCUCGAUGAAUCUCAGGAUCUUGAUAAAUUAGCGAAUUCUGGAUAUUUGGGAAAUAUAGCGCCAUUUUACCUAGUCUUCGGUCACGACGAAGAGGUAGGGGGUAUUAACGGGGCCAAGGUUAUAGCGGAGAUGUUAGCUUCAGAGUUGGAAAGUGCAGACAUAGAAAAGCCCUUGUCCUUCAUCUUGGAUGAAGGAACGAAUGUUUACACAGAUUUACCAAUAUUGCCGCUUGCCAAUGGACCUAGGAAUGUUGCUUGCAUAAGUAUAUCGGAAAAGAGUACGGUUAGAUUCCGCCUCAGCGUCAAUAUGAACGCUCACCAAACCCAUUCCAAAUGCGAGGGGCACGGAAAUGAAUUUAUAACGGACCUUAAAAACGGAAAAUUCAUAGAACAAACCAACUCGAGGGUUUACCAUUCAUCCAUCCCUCCUGCUGAGACCGCCUUAACUAUUUUGGCUCGAGCUAUCAGGCGAGUGACCCGAGUUCGACAUCCGAUCGGAACCAAAGUUUUGUCUCGAGACAACGUGGAUGUGUUCAGCUUUAUCUCCCUAACAAUAGCACCAUACAUGAAAUCUAUGUGGCAAAGGGUCGUUUUCUCUCAUCCCGAUUUGUUUAGGGGAUUCGUUUGCAAAUGGAUAUUUGCUCGCAACUCUAUGCUUAACUCUUGUCAACGAACAACCAGUUGUGUUACCAUAUUUCAAAGUGGAAUCAAGGAUAACGUCGUGCCCAAUCAUGCUCACGCUGUCUUGAACCAAAGAAUUCAUCCCUCUCAAACCCUCGAACAAGUAGCUCAAAUUAACGCCAACGCCAUUAACGAUACCAGAGUCAAAAGCCAUUUAACUUGCGCUGGUCCUACCGUGCCCGUCUCCAGCAUUCAUUCACGCUAUUUCGAGUCCCUAGCCACUAUGAUUAAACAGAUAUUUGGCUCUGAGACCUUGGUCUUACCCAUAAUAUUCCCAGCCAGUACUGAUUCUAAACAUUUUAAGGAUUUGGCUGAUGAUUUGUACAGAUUUUCACCAGUUAAAAUGUUAUCAAGUGACCUAAAUAGAGUCCAUGGCAUCAAUGAAAGGAUUUCUUUGUUAAAUUAUGCUCAGUGUGUUACAUUUUACUAUCAUUUUAUAGUGAAUAAAAUGUUUGCAGAUCAGAAGAUUGAAGAUUAAUAAUAUAUAUUGUAUUAACUUAAGCUAAAAAAAAUUUUUUUUAAUCUAAU